AUGGUUUACGAAUCAGAUUACGAACAUCACUACGAUCAAGACCGAGACGUCCGAGAAGCUAAUGCCAAUGCUGCCAUAAUUAUGAUGCUCUUCAUUGUGUCGAUCAUCGUCAGCUUCUGUUGUGUUAUCUACCAAGUAAUGAACUAUCAAAAUGAGAGGGCUGAAUUCGAACGCAUUCGACGUAUGCAAUUUAUGCAAUACAAUCUUCGAAAGCAACGGGAACGUCAGUAUCAGGAACUUCAGCGUCAGCAAUAUGCUUAUGUUCAGCCAUACAUUGUCUAUCCAGUUGUUGCAGCUCAAUAUCAAUGGACGGGGAAUGAGCAAAGGUAA